AUGGACACCGAAAUAGAUCCCACCGAAUCGCCCUCUAAAGAACCUUCUAAGGAGCCUUCUAAGGAACCUCUGCUGGGGUCCGAUGGGAAGAUCUCAAAGGAUAUACCAUCGAAGAAGGUCCCACAGCAUUUGCUUGAGAAACGUCGUCUAGGAAGAAUUAAAGCAGCUGAAGAGUUCGCCAAAAAGUUAAAGAUUAUCGGUAUCGAAAGACAAGAAAAUGAACAUAUUGCUCAACCAAUUACUUUGAAACCGGUGUCAGUCAUCAACCAAAAGAAUUAUUCUUCCAAUUAUUUGAAGAACGAUGAUCAGAUCUUCUAUAUGAGAGAAAGGAAACAUUUGAGACAACAAGGCCAAACAGGUGGCUCAAGUUCUGCUCCCGCUGCCGGAAUUGGGACGCCAGCAUUGGAUGAUGAUAACAUGGCUGAUUCCAAUGCAAUAGAAGAUGAUGAACUUGAUUCCAUCAUUAUUCAUCCUGGGUCCUCAUUCAUCAAGAUUGGUCCGAACUAUGACAUAUUUCCGCAACAAGUCCCCAAUUUGGUCGCUGUGCCGACUCAUGGUGGUACAGUUCCUUCGCCACAGGAAGAUAUAUCUAACAAUGAAAUAUUUCAACAAUUGAAGGAUGAUAUCCAAUUUGACUUCAAAGAGAGAAUGAGAUAUUAUAAGAGAAGAAUCAUGCCAAAUUCCACUGAACAAGCAGCGGCAUUCAACGCUAAAUCUGACCCUGAGUUGGUGCCCGAUUUAAAUGAUUUUGGAAGAAUUGAAUGGAUUAAAGACAGAUCAAAAUCGUAUUAUGGUCACGAUGCCACCCAGUGUCUUCCGUCAGAUUUUAAAUUAAGAUCACCUUUCCUCAAUGGGUCGUUCAAUUUGAACGAACCUAAUUAUAAUUCAUUCCAAGAAAUUCUUUUUGAUGUUGAGCAACUUAUAGUACAGUCUUUGGCGAUGGAAAAAAUCGGUAUAGAAAGAAACCAAUUCUCUAAUUACAGAGUAGUCUUAAUUGUUCCUGAUCUAUUCGAUAAAACUUUUGUCGAAUCAAUGAUUCAUUUAUUGCUAAUAGAAUUAGAUUUCCAAUCCAUCGCCCUUAUCCAAGAAUCUUUGGCUUCCUGUUAUGGUGCUGGCUUGUCGAAUUCAACCUGUGUUAUCGAUAUAGGUGCCAAACAAACCAAGAUAGCAUGUGUUGAUGAUGGUGUCGUUGUCAAGAACUCUGCAUUAAGACUAAACUACGGUGGUGAUGACAUUACAAGACUUUUCGCCCAUAUGCUUUUACAAAACAAGUUCCCAUACGCUGAUUGGAAUAUUAAUGAGCCAAACGGCUGGACUCUGGCCGAAACUUUGAAAAAACAAUGUAUUACCUUCCAAGAUGCCGAUAUAGCAAUUCAAUUAUAUUCCUUCAUUAAAAGGGACCCAUAUGCAAGAAAAUAUACGCAGUCUCAUAAGUAUGAGUACAAACUUUUCGAUGAAGUUAUGUGUGCACCUAUGGGUAUCUUCUUUCCGGACAUAUUCGAGGUAAUCAAACCGAAGCAACAUAAACCAAAUGAGUACGUUAUUAGGCAAUGUCCACGAUCGAAAGAUAUUUAUACUUUGAAACCAAAUGACACCAAAUCUUUAACCCAAAUGCUUUGUAUUCAAGAACCGACUAAGUGGUAUUCCAACUUGUCAAGAGAUAUUGAUAUAGUUCAAAAGCUAUUAAACCUUGAUACAGACGAUCUUGAUGAACAAAACGAUGAUGAGUCUGCGGGUUCGAAGGAGGAAACUCAAAUUAAUGAUGAAAUUGAAGACAUCAAUCUAAGGCAGUACAACAAUCUAUCAAUGCCUUUAGAAAAAGCUAUAAUUGAAAGUAUAACAAAUGCUUCGAUGCUAUUAGGUGAUAACAUGUCCAAAUUGAACGUAUUAUAUUCUAAUAUUCUCAUUGUUGGAGGAUCUUCGAAAAUUCCAGCACUAGACUUCAUUCUAACGGAUAGAAUCAAUAUUUGGAGGCCAAAGCUUUUGAGUAUAUCCGCAUUAAGCACCUUAAUGGAAAAGAUCGGUGAAGUAAUCAAGUCUUAUGAAACCGAUAACAAAUUAGAUCUAGAACCUACUGAUCCUCAAGCGGCGAUUGCAUAUAAGAAAAAGUUAUCAAAAUUGAUAAAGGCAGAAAUAGAAGCAUACUGGGAUUCUUUACAAACUCUUCAUAGUGAUGAUGAUCUUUUACCAAUUAAUAUCUUACCUCCUCCACAUGAUAUGGAUCCCUCAAUGUUGACCUGGAAGGGAGGUUCAGUUUUCAGCAAGAUAAAAUUACUUGAAGAACUCAAUAUUACAAAGCAGGACUGGAACAUGUUAGGUAAUAGAAUUCUUCAGUACAAAUGUAUUUUCGAGUAUUUCGAUCAUUAA